UGAUGGGAUGGCUCUGACGUCACGAAUGCUUGAAAAGACAAAAGAUGUGGUCUAGGGCCAAAUAUUUGCGUUUUCCUGAAGAUUCGGAUCCCAAAAUGAAAUUUUAUUGACAGCUGAAUGGGUGAAGAGAUCGGGAGGUUGCAAAGGAAUGGCAAAGUACCAUUGCAAUUACUGCGAGGGGGAUAUUUCGGGGUUUAGAAUCAAGUGCUCUGAAUGCCCAGACUUUGACCUUUGUUUACAGUGCUUUUCGUGUGGAGCAGAGAGUGGAACUCACAAACGUGACCAUGAUUAUCACAUUGCGGGAGAUGAUGACACAUCUGUUGGUGCAUUUGACAUUCCAAACCCAUGGUCAUUGGUUGAAGAGAUGAUGCUUCUGGAUGCUGUGGAACAGUAUGGUUUCGGCAACUGGGAGGAUGUAGCUAACCAUGUUGAAUCCAGAAAAGGACCAGAAUGUGAGGAACAUUAUGUCAAGUUCUUUAUACAAGGAACGAUUGGUAGAGAGAUCUUGUGUGUUGAUACCAUUGGCAGCAAUGUGACCGAUCAUUCCUGUCCAGAUGGCGGUCCUUUGUCACCGAGUAUUACAGUGCCCAUCAGUCCUUUGGAUCUGAAUAUACAGGAGCAGCAUGAACUAGGAUAUAUGCCCUAUAGAGAUGACUUUGAACGGGAACACGAUAAUGAGGCAGAAACUCUAGUCAGUAGUCUAGCAAAUAAUUAUGAUGAUGAGGAUAUAGAUGUUGCUGUUAAAUUAGCACAAGUCGACAGAUAUAGGACAAGGUUAAAAGAGCGGGAAAGACGGAAAUGUGUAGCACGAGAGUUCAACUUAAUACAAGCAGCAACAACGCUGGGCAAACAAAAAUGUCAAACGCCAAAGAAGAAAGUGUCAAAGGAGGAUAAAGAUCUGCAGGAAAAAAUAAAAGUGUUUUCACAAUUUCAUUCUUUAGCAGAACAUGAGGCUUUUCUCGAAAAUAUUCAGAAAGAAAAAGAACUUAAAUCCAGAAUAAAGUCUGUCAUGCGAUACAGGAAAAAUGGAAUCACAAAACUUGAUGAUAUAGAGCACUUUGAAGAGGAAAAAUUCAAACGAGAUAAGAAGAGAGACAAUAAGAAAAAGCUGGGCAACUGCUCGCCGCUAAUCAAGAGAGGAUCAAUGGUCUCAAAAAAAGCUGCCGCCGUCAUAGAAGAAAAAUUAGAUAUACUUAUAGACGACGAAGAAUCAAAAGAUGAAGAUGAGGAGAACGAUAGCAAGGAAAUGGCAGCCUUCCCUGGCUACGACAUGUUAUCUGAGCGAGAAAGGAAGGUAGGUAACAGGAUAUUCAUACAGGCGAAAUAG